AUGUGUGACCACUGCGCUGUGUACAAGCAGAAGCUGGUGCCGCGGGCGCGAGAGUUCUUGGGGCGGGUCUUUUCUGAGAUGGAGGCCGUUUGUCCCUCUUACUGGUCGCCAGUGCAUGCGAAUGAGGCUACAGCGGCCGGGCUGGGGGGUACUGACAUGUUGCAAAAGCUGGAGUUGGUGCGUUCUUACCUCGAGGUGAAGCACGAGAGACAGCGCCAGAGCAUUCGCAGGCGUGCUCCCACUCCAGCCCUCAUCAGGCACUCCGAGGGGCGCCUUCUAAAGGAGCUGAAGCUGCGCACAAAGAUACUUGCUGCCUACGACUGGCAUGUACUGAGUGCUGCAAGGGAGCAGGCAAGUAUGCGACGGACCAUCCGUGACCUUCCGCUGCGCACAGCGUAUUAUCACGCAGACUACUGCGAAAAUGUGCCAAUACCGAUGGCACACCAUGAGACGAGUGACAUGUGGCACGGGGCGCAGAGGAAGACGCUCAGCCUCUACGGUGCUUACGUUGUCCACCGCCGUGGUGGCAAGCUUGAGACGCUCAUCAUCGUCUACAUUUCUGAGGUGAUUGAGAAGAGCGCGCUGCUGACGUCGCUCUUGCUGAAGCAGAGCAUCAGGCAUGUGUCUGGGCUGUCGAAGCUAGACUGUCUGCGGAUGGUGUUCGAUGCUGGAAACCAUUUCCGAAGCUAUGAGACCUGCCGCACGCUGCUUGUGGAGAUUCCGCAAAAGCAUGCCCAGCGCUGCGUGACAUCCUUUCUGGUUGAGAAACACGGUAAGGGGCCCUGCGAUGCCGAAAUCUUCAGCGUCUGCAGAUCGUGGCUGCGCGAGUACCUUAUGCAACCUGGGGCAUUCAUUGAUUCUGAAGAGAAGCUCGUGCAGGUGUUGCAGACUGCCGCCGCCAAUGCCAUGCGCAAGAACCCGGAUGGCCCGAGGUUUCUCAUUCGGAUUCCAGAGCUGCCCCAGGCACGCCCCAGCAGCAAGACUAUGACCAUGGACAACUGCCAGCUGCUGCGCAGCUAUUGCUGGGAGUCCAUUCCUGGCGGCCGCAAGGUUCGCAUCCGGAAUUGGGUGUUUUCAGACGCCACUGCCAGUGAGGAUGUGAGCUACCGCGUGCACGAUAACCCUGAACACACUGACUGGCGCAAGGGCUACUGGCAAGAUGGUCCUGGGUGGCGCCGCCCACCGCUGGAGCUUGACGAGGACAACUCUGUGACAAGGAAUCAUGCUGCCCAAUGGCACCGGUUCUCCCGUUUCGAGGACUUCAGGCACACACGUGAAGACACCCUCCAACAGCUGUGCCAGCGCGACGAAGAGAGGCUCCAGCGCCGAAAGAGGCGUCGGGAAGAGAUGGCAGUCGAGGAAGACUCGGAUGUCAGCAUCUGA